UUUGGGGCUCUUUUUUUUUUUCUUCCUAAUUGUCGAAUCUGUAAACUGUCGUGGAGAUGUUUUUGUGUAUUAUUUCAACAUCUAUACUGUACUCCACUUUGAGAAAUGAGAUUAUUAUUGUCAUCGAUGAUAUCGUGUAAUUUCGUUUUUUGUUUCAGCGUGGAAAGAGACCGCCUCCGUGAGCGAGAACGGCAGGCGCGGGCCCAGAUGACUUCGCAGGUGGCCGAACAGGAGAGUCCGGGCCUGCCCGGGAAUUACCUCUUUCAAGCGCCGAUCAGGGUGAAUCCGUCCUCGACCUCUGAUCCCGUCAAACAGCAGAUCCAGAGCAAGUUGGGCGCGUUCGAGAAGGUGCGCCACCUGCUGGACCACAAGGACACCGUCCUGAUCGGCGUCGAUGGGGUGCCUCCCAGUCCGGGAGGGCCGCCUCCCACCUCCUCAUCGAGGCAUCACGUGAUGGCGCCGGGGGCGGCAGGCCAAGGUGUUCCUAUCAGCAGGCUUCAACCGCCUCCCGACACGCGGCCCGAAUUCAAGAAACCCCACCAGCACCAACACCAGCACCCGCCCCCAGGCCACCCAGGCCACGCCCACCCGCCCUACCCCGCCCCCGCGCAGCAGCAGCAGCGCGGCGGGUACGUGAAGCUGGCGGAGGGCAAGCCGCCGCACGGGGGCAGGGGCGGCUAUCCGGGGCAGCCUGUGAAGCACGGCAGCGGCACGACGAGUCACCGGUCGAACGGGGUGGUGCCGGCCAAGGGACCGCCCAUAGGGGGUAUUGGAGGGGGAAGGGACAGGCACCGCAAUCCCUACGAGCAGAAUCAAGGACUGACGGCUGGACCGAGGGAACCUUUACCUUCUGCCACGCCAGGGGCCGCUGAAGUCGAUAAUAUUUUUAAGGAAAUGAUUAAUCCGACACAACCUAUCUCGGCUAUUGCUGCUACACCCAGGAUUGAUCUAGAUCACAAAUACAUGUUCAAUGCAGGUCUUGCCAAGUUGACUGAAAUUCCUCCGGCACCAUCUGUAAUAAAAAAGCGAGAACGUCAACCGACUACACGACCGUCAACGCAUCUAAAUGAUCUUAGCGAUGAUCUCAAAUUGUCAGAGGAAAGCGAGGACGAUCAAAAGGAUUCCAUGCCGUCUUCUAAUGUGAUGGUUGAAAGAAUGCUAUCACCGCUCGCCGCCACCCCUGCCAUCCACACCUCCAAGAUGGACCGCCCUCCGCCCCCCCUGGCCCCCCCAUCACCAGCCCCCUCCUCCUCCAGCGACUCGGGCUCCGAAUCCAACUCCGAAAGCGACUCCACCACCGACGACUCGGCCGAGGACAACGUGCCCACCACCACCACGGUGACGUCACCGCACCCGCACACCACCCCCCUCCAUUCGGAAAUCAGUCACGCAUCCCCUAAAGCCGUGGAGGUGGAGGAGGAGGAGAACAAGCAGCGCUGGAACUUGGCGUCGUUCGUGGUGCCGGAUGCGCAGCAGUCGCCGCUGCUGUCACCUGUCAAGACCGCGAAGGUGCCCGCAGCGACGGAGGAGUCCGAUACGAGCGAUUCGGCGAAGGACGUCGACAGGGUAGUAGCAGAGGCCAAAGCCCUGGCCGCCUUCACCUCCAUCCCCCUCCUCUCCAGCCUCUCCGACUCCGAGGAGGAGGGAAAAGAGCGCCACACGAAAAGGCGCAAGCGAGCCGCCCCACCGCCCGUGCCCAAACCGCCCGCGGUCAGUGACAGCGACAGCGACGACGAGGACGAGCGCACCAGUCGGAUAAAGCCGGUGAGUCGGGCUAGCCCGAGGACGAAGUCCGUCGACACGGACAGCGACUCGGACUCGGAUGCGCCGCCACCGUUCGCGAGGACAUCGCCGUUGCCCGAGAAGGUGAUCAAGCCCGGUCGCGGGAGGCCGAGGAAGAUUAUUGAGAAGAACAAACUGCCGGAGGCCGAAAAGGAAGAGAAGGUGAAGAAGCGCGGCCGACCUGCCAACGUCAAUAAACCCAGGGUGUCGAGGAGCGGGUCCUCGGACACCGAAAUCAAGAAGGCGAAGCGUGGCAGGCCACCCAAACACAGCAGGCCUCGCUCUCCGAGCACCUCCGACGAAGAAAGCGUGGUCAAGUUCGAGAAGCCUCCACCUCCGACCAGGAGACGGACGAAGUCUAAGAGAACGACGUCAACCAGUUCGGAUUCCGAUGGCCCGCCUCCCAGAAGAAGGAAAUCCAGUAGUAGUAGCAGGGCGGAGAAAGAAGUUUCCAAAGGAACUUCGAAGAAGGCGCUCAAGUACAAGGAAGAUAAAAAGAGGGCAACGAAAGGUUCUGACGACGAAUGGGGUGCCAAAAAAGAACGGAAGAUCGAAACCCCGAAGAAGAAGGAAACCAUUUCACCAACAAGGCGGAAAAGCAGACUGUCCACCUCCAAGAAAACCAUCGAACCCGUUAACCCCAAGUUCGUAUCAGACUCCAGCAGCGACAGCGACGCCAAAAGUAAAAAGUCGCGAUUAAAGCCCAAACUAAAUGCACGUUCCUUCUCCAACGAAUCCUUGAAAGUUAUGAGCGACUCAGACAGCGAAGCCGAACCACCUCCCAAGAAAACCCCCGUAAAAAUCGACUCCACCAUCAAAGUCGACGAGAACAAGUCCAUCGCGGACAAAAAGAAGAGCGACACCCUGCGGAAGCUUUUCACGCCUAAAAGAGACUCGGAAGGCGGCAAAGGCGGUGGUAAAGGAGGUGGUAAAGGCGGCAAAGGGGGCAAAGGCAAAGGAGGGGUCAAUGUCAUAAUAGUCGACGGUGACUACGAGCGUAGCAGCUCCUCCCUCGAGGAUGAAACCAUGCCUACUGUGACCAGUAAAGAGACGAAAAUACCCGAACGUCAUUCCCCGCAAAGCUGUCCACCUUCGCCCGUUUGCCCGGACGGGGUUGUUAAAGAUGCAGAGAAGCUGGAACUGUGGGUGCAGAUCGACCUGCGGAGGUUGAACAUGGAAUGCAUACCGGCUCUGAGGAGGCACUUGGAGAGCGAGAGGCCGUGGCUGCUGGAGAUGAAAGGAGAAACGAUAAAAGAAGAGAAACCUAGUGAUUUCGAAGAUGCCAAACAGAAAAUAGUAGUUAAAGAAAGUGAUAGUGAGAGUGCGAAAACGUUGUUACCGCGACCGGAGGAGCGCAAACACAAGUCCAAGAAGAGAAAGAGACGGAACAGCUCCAGUUCCAUGUCGACUGUGAGCAGCGGCAGUAGGAAGAAGGAGCAGCACCAGAAGAAGGAGAAGGAGGAUCCGAAGUCGAAGAGGCGGAAAGACGAGGCGGAAAGAUCUCGAACGGAAAAUCUCAGUUUGACCGAUGCCCCUGCCACCAACCACGAGCGGGAGGAGUGCCAAACGAUAGAAGAAGAGGUCCCUUAUGGCGAUGCGCCUGCUUCGACCAGUCGGCCUCAGAAUGGCAGAGAGUACCAUUCGUACUUCGAGGCUGCUGAGGAACCUUCGGAAUACGAAGAAAGGGAUCAGAAUCAGUACCUGAGCGACGCGAAAAGGUUGAAGCAUAUGGCCGAUAAAGAGACUGACACGAUAAAGCAGUGCAUGCUGUAUUUGGAGGCGGUGCUGUUCUUUUUGUUGACCGGCAAUGCCAUGGAGCAGGAACGGGUCACUGAAAAUUCCGCAUUCACCAUGUACAAAGACACCCUCUCAUUAAUCAAAUAUAUCUCGUCAAAUUUCAGGAAACAGCAGAACGUGUCACCUAUACAUAAUAAAUUAGCUGUGUUGAGUUAUCGGUGCCAAGCUCUUCUGUUUUACAAACUUUUCAAGAUGAGGAAACAAGAAGCCAAGGACUUGCAGAAAGUUAUUAGUGAAUAUUGCAGCAAGAACCCCGGCGUGAUGAUGGCCCAAGACGCCGCCCCCCACCACCCCCUGCCCCAGGGCCAAGGCACGCCCUCCCCGCUCUCGCCCACCCCCUCGCCCGCCGGCAGUGUGGGCAGCGUGGGCAGCCAGUCGUCGGGCUACAACAGCGGCGAACUGGCUACGCGGGCGGCCGCCCCUCCUGCCGCCCCUACCUUGGGCCAGCCGGCGACGCACGCGCACAACGCUGGGUUGUGGGUGCCCUUGGUCGUGUAUAAUGCGAUGGCGAAGCAGAACCAGCAGUUCACGUAUUUGCUGAGCUACCAGGAUCUGUGGGACGUGGCGGAUUCGUUGGUCGUUAAGGGGAAACAUACCGACUUCUUCAUAGAGUUGGAUAGACAAUGCAAGCCGCUGACGAUGCACAGUUCAGUCAUCGACUUGGUACGUUACGUGAGAGAAGGCAUCAAAAAGUUGAAGGAGAGUUAGGGAAAAAUGUCGCCGACAGUGUAAUACGCGAAAAAAAAAUAUGCCAAAGAAAGCGAGCACCAAGUCAAUUUAUCGUCAAUGGAACUGAGAAAGAGAGUUGCACGAGGCAUCUUUGAAAACGUACGGAGUCUCAAAAAGUGCUUUGCAUUCAGUCAGAGUCGAGAUAGCUUUCUACGCGUUUUCGAUAGGUUGUGACUAUGAAAUUAAUCAUUUGAAAAAAUUGGGAUCAAUAAGUGAGAUUAUCAAGUUUGAACAAGAAUGGUCUAUUGAAGCGGUACAAAUGGACAUUUUGAUCAACUUUCCACCAAUGUCCUAUCGAAAUUAUGAUUCUUUUGAAUGCUACUUGUAUACCUAGAGUGAUGAGUAGAUGGCACAUCGACGUUGAGAGCCAAAACUUCCCAAACGAUUCUUCUUAUAUGUUCUAUUCCAAUUUGUCAAAAACCACUUCAGUUUGGAUUAUUUCCCUAUCAGCAAGUGAAUUCCUGAACUUGAGAGGAGCAGGUAAUUUUAAGGUUAUCACGCGCAAUUUUUCUUGGAGAUAUUGAAUAAAUGACAAAAUACACAACAGAUACCUAAUCAUUACUUGUAAAAGCCAAUUAAACAAGCAUUAUCGGAGAACCAUAAUUUUCAAAUACCAUCGAUAGUAAGACAUGGCAAGUUGAAUCGCUUCAAUCAACCAGAAUAUCAGUUUAGUUCAUUCAAAGUCGACCAAUGUUUUUUCUAUACGAAUUUUUAAAGAGGAAUGUUGUCUUUACUCUGAUGAGAUAGCGAAUUUGUGUUAACCUUCAAGAAGAUAUUCUUACAUAGACUAGCUAAUUGACUAUAUUUAAUAUUUUACUUAUGGCAAUUGGGCCAUUUUUUCAAAAUGGAUGAAAAGUAAACAGUCGGCAAUGUCGACCCUACUUAGGGUGCAGUACUUUAAUAAUAAGUAAUAUUUUUACAUUAUUAGUAAAAUUCCACGUACAUAGUGUAUAUUUUUUUGUAAAUAGUGUAUGCUAAAGUUAUAUAUUUACAACAUGCUAUAUUUGUACAACGCUGAAGAAAUAUUGUAGGCCUAGUGAAUCAAAUUCCUGCAUCUCAUUCGGUUGUGGAUGGCGGAUGUAGAUAAAUUGAGAAAAAAGUAGUCAUUGUUAUUUUUGCAUAUAUUCUAGAGUUAAGCGUGCAUAUAUUGUAUCAUCUAUGUAUAUCAUGUACAUUUUUAUUAAUUUUAAAUUAUUUAAUUUUAUUUUUACCAUAGGCGUUUUGUCUUAAGGCCAUUUGCGAAAACGAAAUCAAAUGUUUGAAAAAAUACAUAAUUUUUUUACCUUAUAUUGUUAUGACAUUAUUUAUAAAUCUAUGGUGGCAAAAAUCUUAAAAAUGUUGAGUUUCUCC